GCUGUCAGUGGGAAAUUGAGUCUGGAGGUUGAGAGUCCGAGAAGAAAGAGCUGCUGCUGCUGUCCGAUUCCUCACCAAAACGCAAUUUUCGCAGUUUUCAGCUGAAUUUGGGGGAUUUGGUGGGAAAUUGAGGUAGCAGGAAGCGCCCCCGUAUGGGGGGCAUUUUUGUGCAUUGGGAGAAAAAUGACCUUGGUGGGAAAUUGUGAGAAAAUAUUGAAUUUUCUUGCAUCUGUUGGUAUCGGGGAUGCACUAAUUGCCUCCAAUUUGACGCAUCUAGUCAUUUAAGAAUUUUGUUUGCUCCAGAAGUUUCGUCAAUAAGGCGCUCCCGAGUUUUUUGCGGAAAAGUCUAGGAAAACCCCAGCAGCGACAGUAAGGUGAGUUUUUGAGAAUGGCUCGUACUAAGCAGACAGCUCGUAAGUCUACGGGAGGAAAAGCUCCCAGGAAGCAGCUGGCCACAAAGGCGGCUAGGAAGUCAGCUCCAUCGACUGGUGGGGUUAAGAAGCCCCAUCGCUACCGUCCGGGUACUGUGGCUCUGCGUGAGAUCCGUCGAUACCAGAAAUCCACCGAAUUGCUGAUCCGCAAGUUGCCGUUCCAGCGUCUGGUUCGUGAAAUUGCCCAGGACUUCAAGACCGAUUUGCGCUUCCAAUCGGCUGCUAUUGGGGCCCUCCAGGAGGCCAGCGAGGCCUAUCUCGUAGGCCUCUUUGAGGACACCAAUUUGUGCGCCAUUCACGCCAAGCGAGUCACCAUCAUGCCAAAGGACAUCCAAUUGGCCAGACGCAUCCGUGGUGAACGCGCCUAAAUCAUUAAUGUCCACGCGAUAUUUCUAAUCCAAACAUUAGCAUUAAUAGUCCAUCCCGAUACCCUUUUCAUAACUUUCUUUAUAUCAUAUUGUUUUCCAGGAAAAAAAACCUUCACAAAAUCCUAUGUAUUUCAAGAAAAGCGUUUAUUGCAAUCAUUUCAAGUAGUUUUAGCGCGGCGAUUUAUUUGAAAAAAAAAAUUAUCUUUUAUUGUAGAAAUAAGAACGGAUUUUUCAUUAAUUACUGAAUAACUUUCUUUAGGUUUAAUAAUUUCAUUUCUUUGGAAUUUUUUUUUUAAAUUAAGACACAAAUUAUUUAAUCUUAUUUUUUCACUAGAUCGUAAGUGUGGUACAAUAGUAUAUUUCGUAGGCAUUUUAUGUAACAAAAAAAAACUGUAAAAAACGGAUUUCGGACAAUAAAUUAUUGUUCGGGUCCAAA